AAAGCUUUCGCAAUUUUCUUUACAGACAAAUAGAGGCGCGAAAAUCAAAUAUCUUGGCGGCAAAAUCCUGUACCGAUAUCUCUACUUGUCCAUCGGGCAUCGUUCUUCACAAUUCUCUAUCACAUUAGCCGGAGAUUAACAAUCGGAGAUGGUCAGCGACAAGCAGCUUUCUCCAGUCGGAGGAUCGAGCGUCCCUGUUCCGAACAGGAUGCUUAGGCUAUUGAAGAAGGCUUCAUCGAUCUCCGAUUUAUGCCCUGGUUCCGGAGGAGCCGACGGCGAAGAUUUGGGGAAGGAUGGGUUGCAUUCCGCGAAGGGUCUCGACGGGGUUGAGGAAGAAGAGGAGACGCGAGAGGGUUUGGGUGUGGAGGAGGAUGGAGUUAACGCGAGGAAGGCUCUCGACUUCGACUCAGUGCCUGAGCUUAAUCCCGCGAUCGAAGAUUUGGGCGAGGAAACUGAAGAGGUGAUCUCUGAUUUGGAAACGAGAGAGGAAACUAGGGUUUCGGAAUCGAGCGUACCUGAGAUCGAUUCAACAUCUGAGGAAUUGGGCGAGAAAAGUGAAGAGGAGAUCUCUGAAAUGGAAACGAGAGAGGAAGCUAGGGUUUUGGAAUCGAGUGUGCUUGACUUCGAUCCCGCAUCUGAGGAAUUGAGCAAGGGAGGCGAAGAUGAAAUCUCUGAAAUGGAGACGAGAGAGGAAACUAGGGUUACGGAAUCGAGUGUACCUGAGAUCUAUCUAGCGUCUGAGGAAUUGGGAGAGAAGAGUGAAGAGGAGAUCCCUGAUUUGGAAACGAGAGAGGAAACUAGGGUUUCGGAAUCGAGUGUAUCUGAGGAAUUGGGCGAGAGAGGCGAAGACCAAGUGUCUGAUGAAAUGGAAACGGAAGAGGGAAUCAAUGUUUGGGGAUCGAAGGGAGUUAGAAAGAAGCGAUCAGUUCUCGAUACCAGUAAUAACCAAGGCAAAAAGGCCAAGAAAAGCAAGAAGACUGUUGAUUUUGAUGAGCUGCCUGCUUCCAUGAACAUGACUAAGAAGGAAAGAAGAGAAUAUCUUGACCAGCUUCGUGCAGAAAACCAGAGACUGUUACGAGAAACUCGAGAUGCUGCCUUUGAACCCGUCCCUCUUGUGCGGAAGCCCAUUUCGUCUGUCUUGGAGAAGAUUCGAAGAAGAAAAGAAGAGAUUUCAAAGCAAUUCCUUAGCAGGAAGAAGUCCAAAUCGAUGGACGUUGAUGACGGUCCUUUUGGGGAGGAUGUUAAUGAUUUUGAGGAAGUUGUAAUCGAGGAGGAGAACGAAGAUGUGAAUUUGGAAUUUAAAAGCACGCAGAACUCUCAUGGACAGGAUUCUGCAGGUCCAUUGGGGAACUCAGACAGUCCAUCUAACAAAAAAUCUGAAAGUAACUCUACUCAUCAGGACCCAUCCUUGCGCUCACAAACAACUAAUUUUGGAGAAGAACGUCUAGAAAAGACAACAACCAGAUCCGUGGAAGAAGUGAUGACACCACCAUCAGUACCUGCCAAUAAACUCAAACGGAAUCCAUCUCCAGCCCCUGACAAUUCUGAAGAAGCAGACUACACUAAGGAAAGUUAUGAUCCUGAGACCCAUGAUUCAUCUCCUGGAGACCCUGUGAGAAAAUUUAUUGAUGAGGUUGCUGAAGAGGAAGAUGACAGCGACAACGAUUUACUCCGGUUCGAGGAUGAUGAUGAUGAAGACGAGGAUGAAGAAGAUGACGAUCUCAGGGAUAUGAUCGCCAGUCAAUUCAAGGAAGAUCCAAAUGACAAAUAUAAACGUAAUGAACUGCAUCAGAAGUGGCUUGAGCAACAGGAUGCUGCAGGGACAGAGAAGCUCUUACAUAAGCUAAAACGAGGUUUAGAGCAGGACAAAACAUCACUGUUUGAAGAUGAAGACGAUGACGCUGGUGAUGAACAGAUGGCUGAAGAUGCCGAUGAUGUAGAAGUGUCAAAACCUGAAGCCAGUGAAGAUGAAAACGAAGAAGAUCCAAGUCAUGCAACUUCCAUGCGAAUGAGGAUAAAGAAAAUAAAAGAAAUGAUCCCCUUAAUGUUCACAGAUGAAAAUGACGUUUAUGUGUCAUCUGACGAUGAGGAAACGGAGAAGAAGCUCCUGCAACAGCGGUUGUACAAGAAAAGAUUGGAGCAAAAGGCCAAGUUCUCAUCCUCUACCGGGGAUGAAAACUCUGAGGAAAUUCUUCGCCACAUCAAGAAGCCUGAGAUCGGAAAGAAAGCAAAACCUACUUCUUUUAAAGAUAGGGCACUCAUGGGAAUGAACAAAAACCCCGCUCCAUCCAUGGCAUCGUUCUUGGGUAAACUAACAAAGAGUUCUAUAUCAGAAGGAUCUCGCAAGCGCGGAUCAAACGUCGUCCGUGGCUAUAUAUUCGAACGUGAUGACAGUAACAGCAAAAGCUUAAACUCAGUGCCAGAGGAACCUUCAGUUCCAGAGACGAUUGUUCAAGAAAAGAGCCGACCAAGAAGAGCUCCAGCAAAAUUCACGGCCUCACAGUCACAAGAUAGAUCAACAACAUCACAGGCAACGACGACGGCAGAGGAGGAGAAGAGCACGAGGCAACGAACAACCUUGUACGAGAUUCUAAAGAUGUCUUCAAAGAAAACUAGCUUCACUUCUGGCGAGACGGUGAUAAGUAGCAGCCACACUGAGUCUAUAUUUGCUGCCUUCAAAUUGGAUACGAAACUAGCUAAGACGAAUCCACAAGGACAGAGAUGAAGAGUCAGUUAAAAACAUCUUUUUUAAAGAGAACGGUGGGAAUGAAACUGCAAGUGUGAUGAACGUGAAUCACUGGAUCAUGUGGCUCUGUGUUUAUGUGGCCACUACUCAGGAUGGUGGUAGGACAGUGCGGUUUGGCCUUUUAUUAAUCAGAUUCAAGUUUCAUUUCUCAAAGUACAUAGCUUGUUGCUGUAACUACAGUGAUUAUAGUGAGAGAUUAAAUCAUCCAUCGUAGUCAUUGGAAUCUGUUGUUAUUAGAUGACCAAAGUUGAGACCCUUUUUUCUGUUACCGGUUAACGCUUGAAAACAAUUGUCUUUUAUAAACCUUCGGACACAUCUUGUGUAGUCAAACUCUUGUCGGUUUGAAUCCUACGGAAAUAUUUCGGACA